GCGGGUCACGUGACUAACGUUUCCGCGCGAAGCCCGCGCACAGCUUUUCUCCAGCGGGACGGUAGCGGUGGCACAGCGCGCGCGCUCGCUCAACUCAGCACACACACACACACACACACAUACAGAGUCAGUGGGGAGCUCUGAGGCACACGAGCAGCGCGUCGGCGACAGAAAAGUCACGUUAAGCGCCACCGGAACCGAAAUGCGCGUCUCUAACUCGACGAGAUAACAGCGUCCUGACUUUUGGAAGUCGGUGGACUCAUCCUGAGCGCGAGCCUGAGUGAAAAGCCUGAAACUACACGCUACGGAUCGGCCAUGUUGUUUCUGGUUGUGAGAAUAUCUGAUUGAGAUUAAUGGCUCAGUAUCUGCUCCCAUUACUGAGAAAUGAGGGAAUAACCAGUGAAAUUAUUCCAGGCUGACCAGCUGUGCGUUAUAAGGGCGAAGAGCUCGGAACCAUCUUUCUUAGUUAGUGACUGAAUUUGCAACAAUGAGUGCCAGGUCAGCCAUCAACAAAGAGAUCUUUAUCCCACACAACGAGAGGAUGUUGGCAGCCGUGCAGGUGAAGAGGAGGACGAAGAAGAAGAUUCCCUUCCUGGCUACAGGUGGUCAGGGCGACUACAUGACUUUCAUCUGCCUGUCAGUGACCAACAAGAAGCCAACAGAGAUUUCUAUCACAAAAGUGAAGCAGUUUGAGGGCUCUUCCUCUUUUGUCAGAAGAUCCCAGUGGAGUCUCGACCAGCUGCGGCAGGUGAACGGCAUUGACCCUAACAGGGAUUGUCCAGAGUUUGACCUGACAUUUGAGAACGCGUUUGACCAAUGGGUAGCCGGCUCAGCUGGGGACAAGUGCAUGUUUGUACAGGUCCUUCACAACACGUGCCAGCGCUACAGUGCAGAAAGAAAACCAGAGUUUGUCAACUGCCAAUCCAAACUGCUGGGAGCAGAAGAUCAAUCAGUAAAUUCAGUCAUUUACCGUUGCAAGAUCUUUUUGAACAGAAUGAGGAAGACAGUUAUGUCAGACCCAGGUGUCCUACUUCAAGCAGGUAACAGCAUCCUGCACUCUGCAGCCGACAGUGUGAGUAGUGCAGUGCAGAAGGCCAGUCAGGCACUGAAUGAACGUGGAGAGAGACUGGGCCGCGUGGAGGAGAAAACUGGAGACAUGAUGAAUAGUGCUCAGCAAUUUGCUGAUACUGCACACAAGCUGGCCAUGAAGCACAAAUGUUAAACUGUGCCAAAUCACAGAGGGUUCUGCCAACGACGCCUGUCCAUACAUAGAGUGGAUGGAUUUUAGAUAUUAUUCUUUAAACAAAAAAUAUUUAACACUAGUAUUAUGACUUAAUGCUGUUUUUCAAAAAAAUUUUUAAACAUCUUCCUGGUGUUUCCAGAAGAGGAGUUCAAGCUGGGGUAGAUGAUGUCUGGCCCUCUGACUGUGCGUGACGAAAAAGCAGCUAGGGCGCAUUUUAUCUUUUCAGGAGCCUCUCUUCUGGUUCCUUUCACAGAGGGGAAGGGGUGCAGAGAUUACUGGGGUCCUGGAUGCAGGAUUAUCUUACAGAAGGAAACACACUGUGUUACAUUUAGGGCCAAUUAAAUCAAUGUACAGAAGAAAAACCAUUUAUUAGCAAUUGCCCAAGGGUAUGACUUAUUUAUCUCUGAACCUGUAAUGCGUUUCAUAUCAUCGAUGAGCGCUAGCUAAUCCAUAUAUUUGGUCAGAGAUUUCAUAUUUCAGUCAUGAAAUUAUAAAAUAAACUAAUAGAAUUUGAAGUUUGCUAUUAACCUGAAAUAAAUGCUUAGCAGUGUAUGUAGUUAUCUAAACGUACUUUUAAAUGAACUUUGUGGGCAAAUCUCUAUCAAAAGCAGUGCUUAUAUAGCUUAUGUAUAUGGCUUUUGUUUUGGUUUAGACAAUGUUAUUCAGAUAUAAAUCGACAGCAUUUAAGUUAACUAAGUCUGAGUUGAUCACUAUGUCAAAAGUGCAAUAGGUACAAGUUCCAGUUUAAGCUUUAUGAAGGGAAAUUCAUUAUUAAAUAAAAUUGGUAGGUAAGAAAUUGUUCAUAGUUGGCCUCUUGAGAUCAGAAAAAAUACUUUGUAUUUGUAUUGUAUAGAAUAUAUAGAAAAAAUACUUUGGAUACAAAAAUACUUUGUAUUUUUUCUAUAUUUCUCGCAAAUUAUAGAAUAUACUUAUUGAAUUAUCCUUAAAACUUCACACCACAGUUGCCAUUGAUGAUAUUCUAAUUUACAGCUGUAACGUAUGAAGUGGAGACAGUACCAGUUAGUUUAGUUCAGCAGUAAGUUGUGUUGCAUACUAAUGACAGUGUGCUGCCACUGCCAGUGAGCUUUUAAUGGUGUAAGUGACUUUCUUUAUUCUGUAACCGUAUAUGUGAUGUCAGAUGAUUUGCUUGUAUGAGUGGAUUGAGGUUAACAUUUGAUUGUUUCAUGCUCAAACUACAUAAUUACAAGUUGAUUCUUGUGUAAAUCAAAUUAGAUUAGAUAUUUUUAAGAAUUUGUAUAACAUGUUUGUGAACCACAGAGCACCUCAAACUGUUUUAUUGGUAGCAAUAUUUUGUGGCUUUCAAAUAGUACUUAGUACUUAGUAACUGUAGCUGUUUACAUAAUAGCAGAUUUCAUUACAGACAGCAGCUUACUGAGUCUGAGGUGCUCGUUUAACUCGUGUGGGGUUUUUUUUUGUUCGGCAUGCAGUUAUGACCCACUGAAAUCUUUAUCAUCACCCUUCAGCAGAAAUGAACUACACAGUGGUCAUUAUUUUAAUGAAAAUGUAAACAGUUUUGAAUGCAUAUGUAAUAUUAACUGGCCAUCAUUUCCAACUGCAUGAUAAUACAAGUUUUCUUAAAUAUUAUCAGUGUUUUUACACAAUUCAUUUCCAGACACACGCUUUUACAGAUUCGUACUGCAUACUUAUUUUAAAUGGACCAUGCUUGCAGUACUUAGUUUUUAAACCCUGUGAAUGUACAGUUUAUUGUUCUGAUUCGCAUAAUUAUUAUUGAGAGAUAUAUAAUGGCUAGUAGAUUUGAGAUUAAUAUUAGAUAUACAUGUUGAUUUUAAUGGUCACUUACAACAGAGUUCUCCAAUUACAGCGCUGGAGGAUGAAAAUCAGCUCUGGGUUCAAUUUUUAAAUGUGGAUAAAUGUUUAAAAGCUGUAUGUAGAGAAGCAUAUUGCACAAUCUAAGUCAAAUAUAGACUGUCAAACACCUUUAUAGGUGAAAUAAAGGAAGAUAUUUUAUUAAAUUAUAUAUUUGCGCUACAUUCCUUAAGUGCUGACAGUAAAGAAAGUGAAAGGGUCAGACAUUUUAUGUUAGAUAUCCAGCACAACCUGAUGAUUUAAUCCCAAUAGUAGUGCCUUUGUCAAAUACAUUUUUAAUUUCUUUUAUGAAUAUAAUCAUGGUUGUUUUCCCUAGCAUAUGUUUUUGUGUAAAAUUUUAUGUAUGCAAUGUGUGUUCAAUUAUCUAUUCCAAAAUGAUCUCCUCAUUAAUACCAAUUAAAAUGUCAUAGUAUUGUUUUUAUAUGGAGUUUUGUAUCUACAUCAAAUUGCUAGUGAAUGUGAUACAGUGCAUAUGUUCACAUGAUAUGUCAUAACUGUAAAGAAUGUGGUUUCUCCUUUAUUUUUCAAAAGUUCAUUCCAAGUUUCUCUCCAGAUAAAGGCACGAGUAAAGCACCUGUAUUGUGUAAAUCAAAAAAUCCCUGACAUUCCUGGCUUGUCCCUUCUCCCACAAAAUUUCAUCCCUCCAUGCAAUUUACUUAAUGUAACAGAAAUAGUGAACGUUUGAAGCAAUCAGGGAUUCAUGCAUAAUUUUUUUUUUCUUUUUUUUCUUUCUAUUUGUAUUAUUUUUAUUUAUUUGCAGUGUGUCUUAAUAUAGACCAAAUGUCUGUAUGUCUGAGUGUCCCACCAUCUGUUUACAGUUUGUGCUGUGGUGUUUCAGUGUUGUCACGUUAACCUCCACGUCUUUGUGUUCUUGUUAAGGGCUUUAACUGUAUUAUUUUGGGGAGUUUCUUUUACAUUUUUAAGAACUGUUGCUUCAUGUGAGUAACCCAGAACCCAGUUCUACCAAAUUUGUUAUGGUAUGAUGAAGUACUUAGUUGCAGCCUUAAUACUUCUGGUUUUGCUGUCAUACUGGCAGAACUGCACAAACUGCGUAAAACUUUGUGAAUAGUUUUCACCUAUAUAUAGUAUUUUCAUUAAUUCUUGCACUGUGUCUUUUAACCUGUUUCCAUUCCAUUAAUUCCAUUCCAUUCCUUAAUUCCCUUAUGAGUGUUUCCGUUUCUAGAUUUAAAUGUCCCAGUGAAUAGCACCUGUCAUAGGAGCUUCUUCAAAAUUUAAUGGUCACAAAAUAAAUUUUGCUAAUAGUAAACUGAGCUAUACAUUAUUCAGUUUUGUGGGUACAUACCAUGUAUUUUCUACUGAAAAUGUGUUGUAUCAAAUACGUGACUCUGAACGGAUGUGAUUUUCACCACAAGGUUUUGCCAAAGACUGUCACUGUCAAAAUAAUAAAUCCUUAUUUUCCUAGGUACCAUUGACAAUAAAAAUGGACUUUUCUGACUGAACGUCUAUGGGCAAAGUUUAAUCUCAGAUUUUAAUAAUAAUAAUAACAACAAAUUUUUAAUUUGCGCAAAAUUACUUUUAAUGUAAUGCUGUGCUGAGGUUUUAAAAAAUAAUUUAAGGAUUUAAAAGUGAUGUCACAGUAAAAAUACUGAAAGUAACUAAAAGCCCAUUAAUAUCAAUGUCCACACUCUUUGCUGUUUGUUUCCUAGCAGGAGCAAUAUAUGAUGGUUAUAUAUGGUUAUAUAUAAUAUUUAGCCUGAGUGCCGGGGUGUGCUAUGUGGACAUCUUCUGUUAUGGUUUUUAUUUCACAUCAGUGUUUCACAUCAGUGUAUUUUUCAAUAAAUUCUGUUAUGGUUUUUAUUUCACAUCAGUGUAUUUUUCAAUAAAUUAUUUUGCUUUGUACUGCACUGAAAUGAACUCCUUCACUUUUAUUCAUUCUUUCAUAAGGGUUCUGUUAUAAAAUGUUAAGUUUUACUGUUUAGUUUACUAAUAUUUUGCAGUUGAUUUUCUGUUGAAUAUCAAAUAAAAAUGUCAAAUAUUA